AUGGUCUCUGAAGUAUCUAACCAGGCUGCAGUUUCUGGUGAGUGUUUCGAAAUUCACACUAAAGAGGAUGGUGAAAAUAUCGAGUCUUUUCAGACGGGUCUUGAACGUGGAAAGAGCACAGAACCUGCUUCAUCUCAGCUUCCUGCUUUCUCUUCUAGGGUAGUACUUAGCCCUGUAAAGCAUGAUGAAUUACCCUUAGAGAUUAACUCUGGACAAGCCUCGUUUUUACUCGAAGAUACACCAAUUUGCGAAUUGGAAAUAUUUUCGAAUGCAGAUAAUGUGAAAACAGAAGUUUCUUUAUGCGGUACCGGUGAAGAUAAUUUUUCUAGUCAGGAGGUUUUGGAAAUGAAGGUUUCCGAAGCAAACACACUUCCUUCGGGGAAUUUUUUGCCUAGUUUAGAUACUGAGGACACAUCGAAUUGCAAUUCAGUUGACUCAGCCCUUUUGUUAAAUAGUAAAUGUUUUUAUAAAGAAAAUAAAGAUGAUCGUUCGGAAGUUGUUGGUACACUUUGUGCGGACAUCUCAGGGAUCACAUUGAGCCUAUCACCUGUUAGAGACUCUAGCGACUCAGAGGUAAAAAUAGGGGACUUAGUACAAGAAAGCAGAAGUAGCGUUCCACACAAGAAGAAUAUAAACAAUUUUGAAAACUUUUUUUCACGUAACCGUUCAAAAAGUAACCGUCAGCUUUAUACCCGCGAAAGGUCAUUUUCAGAUUCUUCAGAGGCCUAUGGCCACACUUGCAAGACGGGGCAGAAGAAAAUUAAUUUUCUAGAAAAAGUUGCCAUCGCUGAUAAAGGGAGGGAAAUAGUUAAGGCCCCUAAAGAAUGUCUUAAGCCUGAUGUGCUAGAUGCUAAAAUAGAGUCUAUUCGACUGAAAAACUUAAAGAUUUUAGAGCGGCAAAAGAUUGUCGAAGCUGACAAAGAGUGGGCCAUUGAACAGAACAAACAGUACCGCAAACUUCUAGAAGAAGAAUCAGAGGGAAAUCCAGAUGUAAAACACUGGCCCAGUGGAAGACCCAAAUUUUUUAAAAGGGGCGAGAAAGUAAGAAGAAACCGUGCUAAUUCUCGAGAGACUGACUUCCAAUGGCGAGAAGAGAGGCGUAAAAUUGACGAGGCGCGCAUUCAAAGACAAACAGUGCUAAGCGAAGAUGGUCAAGCUCAGUGGGCGAGAGAGUGGGACAGGAAAAAAACUGGAGCAGUAAGCCGACUCCCGCAAACCUACGAUGCCCGCCCUAUAAACUCCUCAGGACAAAAAAAAUCUUUGUAA